AUGUCACAACCAACAAGGGCUGGGGAUGCUCUCAUGAUGAUGCUGUCUAUGAGAAGUGUCUUGAAACACAUGAACGCCCAAUCGGCUACACGUUUAUCAAAUUAUGCAAAGACUUCUAGCUUACCGAAAGUGGCUUCUGAUCUCUAUCAAGCUGCAUUCACACGCCCCGCUGCACCAAACAUCCAAAAGCCAGUUAGAGCUCACGACAUGGAUAGUGAAACUCGCGCAGAUCCUAUCCAGGAAGCUGUUAUUGUGAACGAUGCUUCAGCUCCCAUACCAGAGAGCAUGUCUGAACCAAUGUCAAAUUCUGCCGCAACAGUCAAUGAUACCUCUGUUUUGGACAACAAGGAACAGCUCUAUGAAAGCUUGUUGGCAUCAGCACCAAAACCGACCACUGAAUCUCCUGGUUUGGAAGAACCUGUCUCGCAGCUACUGGCAAGUCUAUGUUGCUGGUCAGUCAAGAGAGCUCCAUUGAAACAAUCAAGAGUUCCGUCCUCCAGGAUAGAGCGAGUUUUUAGUUAUAGUGGUAUCGCUGCCGGUGUAGGCGUUGGAAUGGUGACUGAAGCUAUGAGGCGCGCCAUAGGCACUCCAUCGUCUUCUGUUGGCAGCUUGGUGCUGAGCCCCGCCAAUGUGGAAAGAAUCGUCGCAGGACUUUCUCGAAUGCGUGGUGCUGCUUUGAAAUUGGGACAAAUGCUUAGUAUACAAGACAACAAAAUGAUGCCAGCUGAAGUCGAAACCUUGAUGCUGCGUGUGCAAAAGAGUGCCAAUUACAUGCCUGACUCCCAGUUUCAGUCCGUCAUGAUACGUGAAUUAGGCAGUGAUUGGAGAGACAAGUUUGCUACUUUCGAUGAAGUGCCUAUCGCAGCAGCUUCCAUUGGCCAAGUCCAUCGUGCAACACUACCAUCUGGUGAAGCUGUCGCAGUCAAAGUGCAAUAUCCAGGUGUAGCAACUUCUAUCAACUCGGAUUUGUCUACUCUUCGGUCUCUUGUCUUGUUGGGAGGCUUGUUGCCCAAAGGCUUAUAUUUAGACAAUACCAUUCGUGUGGCUCGAGUUGAACUAGGAUGGGAAUGCGAUUAUCUUAGAGAAGCUGAGAAUUCUAGUCGGAUGAGGACGUUACUCAAAGGUGACAGUGGAUUUGUAGUGCCCAAAGUUGUGGAAGAAUUAAGUACCAGCCAAGUAUUGACCUCAGAGUUUGUUGAGGGAGUUCCUAUCGGUGAGACUGGGAAGCUGUCUCAAGCUAUUCGAGACUCUAUUGGUGAUAGAAUACUCCGUCUGUGUUUGCGUGAAUUGUUUGAAUUCAGGUUCAUGCAGACAGAUCCAAACUGGUCUAACUUUUUAUAUGAUGCCAAGAAGGAUUUAGUUUGUCUGAUUGACUUUGGUGCUGCCAGAGAAUUCUCAAAGGACUUUACCGACAAGUAUAUGCAAGUCUUGACGGCAGCCGCUGAGAACGAUAGAGAUGGCGUGAUACACUGGUCUCGAGAAUUGGGUUUCUUGACUGGACUAGAGAGUCUAGCUAUGACAAAUGCUCAUGUGUCAUCAGUCAUGGCACUGGCUACACCAUUCUUGUCUGAUUCGCCCUGUCCGUUUAAUUUUGCUGGAACAGAUUUGACCAGCCAAGUACGGUCCUUUAUUCCCACAAUGCUCAAGGAGAGACUGACACCACCUCCUGAUGAGACAUAUUCACUGCAUCGGAAACUUAGUGGUGCAUGGCUGUUAUGUACCAAGUUGGGUGCGAGUGUUCGAGUGAGGGAUAUCUGGAAUGAAACUCGUGAUAGCUACCGCUUCUAA